AUGCCAUAUACUAAUCAUUGUACCUUUGGAGCGUCUCGUAUGACGACCCAUCUGUAUACAUCGCCCACCCAUUCGUUAACGUUUUACCUAGCCUAGCAUGUCCGAUCUGACGGUCAUAUUUUCACAUUUUCUGUUGUUUGGUCCGGAGCUUAAUAAUGCCAAACAACCCAAAUUGAUUCCGCUGUCGCCCUUCCGCAACAACUCUCAUGAGCGAGAGAAGACACGGAGAACGGAGAGAGCACCGCUCAAGGGAUUAUCACAGACGAAGUGGGGGAGACAGAGGAUGGAGCCGUUCGAAGUCGCCUGAGAGGCGCAGCUACCGUGACGACGGAGAGGGCAGAAAGUCUCGACACACUAAACGUUCAAGGUCCCGGAGUCCACACCGCUCACGCAGUCACAAGUAUCACGACGACACGAGAGACAGAGGAAAGGAUAAUCGUAACGAUCGAGACAAACACCACGAGCCUUCCGAGAGGCGUGGGCGAAUCAGAAGUCGUAGCGUCACCGCUGAACAUCGACGUCGAUCUCCUUCGCCUUCGACAAAUUCUGCUGUAUCGACAUCAUCUGAGGAACGUGAUGGCAGUAGUCAUCACAAGUUACGUGAAAGGUCACCAAGCCGCCGCUCUCGCUCUCGUUCAGGUAGUCGCGAUAUUCGCAAGUCCAAGUCGAAGCACAGAGAGAAAGACCGAGACAAGAAGCACAAGAAGCAUAGGGACCGGGAUAAGGCGAAUGACAGGGACAGGGAUGAGAGGCGCAGCGUCUUAACAGGCAAGAAGUUGAAAGUUCACAAGGAUGCUAGAGAUCUCGAGAUGGACGCGAAUAGGCAGAACCUGUUACAGUUCUUGAAUUCGACGUGCGAAUGAUAUGGCCAUGUACGUAGUUCUAUGAUGUACAUGUUCUGUAGCAAAGCCCUCUGCUACCUUACAGGUUUGUCAGAAUUGCACAUUGGAAAUAUUACA